CCGCACGUUCAUUCAGUCUGCUGUGGACAACGUUGCACGACGACGAAAGCGGACGUCGCGUGGUAGUAGCAAGAACCAAACAAAUCAACAAACAAACACUCUCUCUCCCACACACAAGUGCACUCUGGAGAGCAGCGCGUGCCAUUAAAUACUAUCUGCAGCAUUCAAUAGAUGCAACUGCAACGGAGAGAUUCCGAAAUUCCGAGAUCCGCGUUUCAGAUUCGAGAUAUUUUCCUCACUUUACGCGCGCGCCACAAAGGCAUCGCGCCCCGGCUUGCAACGUCGCGUGUGAGACAGACGAUGAUCCUUAGUUGAUCUUGACUCUAGUGUCUGUGUUUGUGUGUUACUGUGUGUGCGUGAUAGCCAUCUCCCAGAAGAUACUCUUAAUGAAUUGUUAUCUAACGGAUGCUUGGGAUUUGGACGAUUUGUGACUAAAAAUCUAAAGAAUCUCGAAGAAAAUUGUGAACAAAUUGUGGAAAACCCAGAAAAUCUAAUCAACUUUACAACUGCUUGAAGAACACUUACAGAAAACGGCGCGGCCCGCCCAUGAUGCAACGAGCGAUGCAACAGUGACAUGGCCGAGGGCUGCGAGGACUCUGCCGGUGCCGCUGAAACGACAACGUCACAGUAUACAACGACGCUAGACAAGAUGCUGGGCACGGUGUUGCCGUGCGAGGCGGCAAUUGGUGCCACACCUGGUGGCAGUGGCGGUGUCAACUCAAACACCAGCGGCGGCGGCGGCGGCGGCAACGGUGGCGGUGGCGGUGGCAGCAACAACAAUGCCAACAACAUUGUGAAGCGAGAGUUUUGCGAUGGCAGCUUGAUGCCAGGUGCUGGGGCAAGUGUGAACAACAACAACUGUACUACCAACAACAACAACAACAAUGACAACAACAGCAAUAACAACAAUACCAAAAUACAGUCACUAAUUUGCACUGGCAGCAGCAGCAACAACAACGGCAGCCACAGCAACAACAACAACAGCAACAAGAACAUAAGCAGCAGCUCAUCCUCCUCCUCAUCGUCCUGCUCCUCGAGCUCAUCUUCGUCGAGCUCUGCGACCAGCACCCACACCAGCUGCACCACCACCGCCGCCGUAGUGCCCUCAAAUAGCUCCACAAAUGCCAACAAGUCGCCCGGUUCGCCCUACUCACAGCUGGGCAUGGGCAUGGGCACCGGCACGGGAGCGAGUCCGCUGCGUGAGGCCAGUCCGCUGGCCGGUCGCAGUCGUUCCCCAUUGAUGCAUGCCACAACAGCCGCCCAAUCGCCCUGCAGCAUUGGUGGCGCAGUGGCGCCCGGCUCCCCGCCAUCGGCCUCAUCCAACAGCUCGUCGCAUGUGCUGACCCUCAACAUCAAGACCGAGUCGGACUUUGACAAGGAGAUCAAUUGCCACAAGAUCCAUUCGCCGAGCGGCAGCAACAGUCUCGGCCACUCCCUGCACCACCAUCACCACAGCCACCACAGCAACAGUGGCAGCAACAACAACAACAACAACCACAACAACAAUAUCGAUGAUGAUAUGGAAAUCACGGACGUACACGCCCUGCUCUCGCCCCCGCCACACUCCCACCACUCCCAUCAGUCCCACCAUUCCCACCAUUCCCACCACUCCCAUUCCCACUCCCCCUACGACACCAAGGAUCACGUCAAGGAGCUGGAAUUCUACAAGAAUCUGGCUGCCAAGGCUGCCUCCCUGGCCAACCAGCAGCCCACUUCGCCGCUGGCCCUGCCCCUGCCCAUGCCGCUGCCCAUGCAACUCGAUGCGGAUGCGGAUGAGGAUGCGGAUGCGGACGAUGCCGAUGGCGACGCCGAUGUCGAUGCCGAGGAGCAGGCAGCGGAGGCGUUGCGUCUACGGCGCGAGGAGCAGGCCCAAGCCAAGGCCUUUGCGGCGCAUCUGAAUGGAACUAUGCAAGACAUGAUAAAUUUGCAAAAAUUACAAAAUUUGGCCACGCUGCAGCAGCAGCAGCAGCAGCAGCAACAUCCCCAUCAUGGGCAUCAUCAUCAUCAUCCUGCUGCCACGGCGGCUGCACUGGCAAGUCUUCAGGGCUUAGCUGCCUCCGUGUUCAAUUCGCCGUUGAAUCUAAGCGUCGGUGGUGCUGAGCCUGUGGCAGCAGCAGCAGCAGCUGCAGCAGCAGCCACAUCAGCAACGGCAGCGGCAGCGGCAGCGGGGGGCACGCCACCCCACAGCAGCUGCCACAAUGGCAGCAAGCACAAGACGUCAAAGGCCAACGGCGGCGGUGGCGGCGGCAACACCAACUCCAACUCCGCCUCGGGCUGCGGCACUGGCUCCGGCUGUGGCUCGGGUGGCGGCAAUGCCUCCUCCUCCAGCCAGCAUCCGGAUAAUCCCAGCAGCAGCAGCUCCCCGCACGCCCUCAAUGCCACAUCGCUGGCAAAUGUGCUGGCUGCGGCGACCGCAUCGCCACCGCCAGCCCUGCAGGCGCCACCAGCCAGCGCCCAAAUGCCGCAACUGAUACUCGCCUCCGGGCAGCUGGUGCAGGGCGUGCAAGGGGCACAGCUGCUCAUACCCACGGCGCAAGGUAUUGCCGUGCAGACGAUACUCACGAUUCCCGUGAGUCCGCAGAUACCCACCACGGAGCAGUUUCUGCCCAAUGCUUUUGGCGCCUACGCCAGCUACCAGCAGCAGCAGCAGCAGCGGGAACAGCAGCGGGAACAGCAGCGGGAACAGCAGCGGGACCUGCUGCCACCAUCGCUGGCUGCACUGCAGCAUGCCACAGCGUUGCCCCAACUGGCACAGACACCCACGAAUUUACUCAAGCCCAAUCUGUUCUCGACGGGCGUGCAGCAGCUGCUGACGGCGCUGCAUCCGGAACUCUUUGCCGCAGCGGCGGCCAACCAUCAGCAGCAGCAGCAGCAGCAGGCGCAGCAGCAGCAGCGGGAAAGGGAAAGGGAACGAGAGCGGGAGCGGGAGAGGGAAAGGGAGAGGGAACACCAAAUGGCUGCUGCAGCGGCAAUUGGUCACCUGCCACAUGCCCAUUUGGCCGCGGAUCUGCGACGCUCAGCGGAGCGUACACCUCCAGCAGGAUCGCCGGGCGGCGGCAGUCCUGGCCUGCCUUCGAAGGGUCCGCCUCCGCCACCGCCUGGCGCUGCAUUCCUGCUGCAGCAGCAACUCCACAUCAAACCGGAGACGCAGACGCAUCUGCACCAUCAUCUGCCACCACAGGGAUCCGCAGCGGUCUCCUCCUCGCAUCCACAGAUCAGCCUGCGGCAUCCCGAUGAGCUGACGGCGCCCCAGAUGGAUCUGAAGCCGCUGGAGCUGAGUUCGAGCAGCUCGCCGCCAAUACCGCCGCCAGCCGCUGCCCUGGCACGCCAUCACUUCGGGCACAGUCUGCGUGUGGUCUCCCCCAAGCACAGUCCCGGCCGGAUGUCCGCCAGUGGCGCCUCCUCGACCGGCAUGAAUCUCAGCCAUCAUCACGAGCGGCACGAUCGGCACGACCGUCACGACCGGCACGAGCGGCACGAGCGACACGAGCGGCAUGACCGCCACGAGCGACAUGAGAGACGUUCGCACACUCCGACGGCUACGGCCACGCGGGCCAGCGUCUCGUCCAGCUCGGGCGGAGUGCCGCAUCAUCUGACGCAUGAGCGGGUCGGCGGCAGCAUGCCCGCGGGCAGACUGACGCCACCGACCUCCACAUCGGCGAGCAGCGCCAACAGCACCAACGAUAGAGGCUACACAUCACCGCUGUUCCGGACACAUUCGCCGCCCGGCCACCCACUCAAUAUGGGCACAUCGCCACGCCUGGAGCGGGACUAUCUGGGCAAUGGACCAAGCCUGAGCGCCGGCUCUGUGGGCGGCACAUCGACCAGCUGUGGGACGGCAGCAUCAGCAGCGGCCGCCAGCUCCACGGCCAAUGUACUUAGCAGCAUCAGCAGACUCAAUGCCUCCAAUGGAGAGCUGACCAUCACCAAGUCCCUGGGUCCGCCGACGGCUACGGCAACGCGUGCCUCAUCGGCCUCGCCGCGAGAGGACUCACCCGGCCCGGGGCCAUCCACAUCGAGUGCCAAUCUGAUGCAGCCCCUCAAGCUGAGUCCGUCGUCGCGCAGUGAACCGCCACAGCUGUCGCCCAAUGCCCAAUGCGACAACGACAACGAUCUGCUGAUGGAUUCACCGAAUGAGCCGACCAUCAACCAGGCCACCACCAAUGUGGUCGACGGCAUCGACCUGGACGAAAUCAAGGAGUUUGCCAAGGCCUUUAAGCUGCGACGCCUGUCGCUGGGCCUCACCCAGACCCAAGUGGGGCAGGCGCUGUCGGUGACCGAGGGACCCGCCUACAGUCAGAGUGCCAUCUGCAGCAGUGCACUCGCUGCGCAGAUGUACGCCGCCCAACUAUCGACGCAGCAGCAGAACAUGUUCGAGAAGCUGGACAUUACACCAAAGAGCGCGCAGAAGAUCAAGCCAGUGCUGGAGCGCUGGAUGAAGGAGGCCGAAGAGAGCAGUCACUGGAACCGUUACAAGUCCGGCCAGAAUCAUCUCACGGACUACAUUGGCGUGGAGCCGUCGAAGAAGCGCAAACGGCGCACCUCCUUCACACCGCAGGCCCUGGAGCUGCUCAAUGCGCACUUUGAGCGCAAUACGCAUCCAUCGGGCACGGAGAUCACUGGCCUCGCCCAUCAGCUGGGCUACGAGCGUGAGGUUAUACGCAUUUGGUUCUGCAACAAGCGGCAGGCACUCAAGAACACUGUGCGCAUGAUGUCCAAGGGCAUGGUCUAGGCGAAG